GCCUGUAACCCUAGUUCGUCUUCAGCCCUUCUUCCUCCUCUCUAGAACAACGUACUACGCCAUGGGUUCCAAGAGGUCCGACAAUCCCAACUUCGGCGAUGGCGCCAGUCCAGGGAAGAUUUUCAUUGGGGGUCUAGCUAAGGACGCUACCUUGGAUCAAUUCACAGGCUACUUUGGGAAGUAUGGAGAGAUAACCGAUUCAGUGAUAAUGAAAGAUCGAAACACUCAACGACCCAGGGGGUUUGGGUUCAUUACCUAUGCCGAUCCAGCUGUUGUGGACGUUGUUAUUGCUGAAACUCAUGUUAUUAAUGGAAAGCAGGUUGAGAUUAAAAGGACAAUCCCUAAAGGUGCUGCUGAACCUAAAGAUAUUAAAACCAAGAAGAUUUUUGUUGGAGGCCUUCCUCCUUCAGUCACUGAAGAUGAGUUGAUGGAUUUCUUCUCAAAACAUGGUAAAGUGGUGGAACACGAAAUUAUAAAGGAUCACGUCUCUCAACGUUCCCGAGGGUUCGGAUUUGUUGUAUUUGACAGCGAAGAAGUUGUUGAUAGUGUUCUGUCUGGUGGUAAUAUGAUUGAUAUGUUUGGGACACAGGUUGAGAUCAAGAAAGCUGAACCAAAGAAACCUUCGAACCCAUCUGGUCCUGCAUAUGGUAGUUUCCCUAAGAAUCGUGGACAUGAUGAUAGUUUUGGAGCAUAUGGAAGCUCUUAUGGUGGUUUCAAUAAUGGUGGUUUUGGCCCUGCACCUUAUAGGUCAUAUGGAGGAGGACUAGGAGGUAGGUACGGUGAUUAUGGAGGGUAUGAUGGUGCUGGUGGCAACUUUGGUGGGCGUUAUGGUGAUUUUGGUGGAAAUGAUUAUAUGGGUUAUCGAGGGGAGCAAUCCCUUGCAUAUGCUGGUCGAUUUGGUUCCUACGGAGGUUUUGGUGGAGGAUAUGGAGGGAGUGGGAGUGGGAUAGGUAGUUAUGGCCGUGGAGGUGGUGGUGGUGGAGGGGGAGUUGGAGGUUAUGGGGGUUAUGGUUCAGGAUCUGGUGCUGGCUUUGAAUCUGGCCCUGGUUCUGGUUCUGGUUCAGGUUAUGGUGGACCUGGGGGUGGUGGUGGUGGUAUGUAUGGAGGUAGGGCAGGCUAUAGUGGAGGUAGUCGUUACCAUCCUUAUUCAAGAUAGAGUUGCUAAGGUUUUUAACCCUAGAAGUUGCAAUCAAUGCAUCCAGGUUUCUACUAGUUUGCAACUUCUCAGGUUCAAAGUUCUCUAGGUUCUUAAAAGCCAUUUCAUCAAGAAGGAACUGUCUAGAAGAUCUGAAGAGCCAUUAGUUUCCUUCAGUUGUUUGGAUUAGAUAUGCAGAUCUAGAUGAUCAUAUCGUCUAGUUGCAUUUCUAGCGUAUUAUUUUCCUGUCUAGUUAGUGUGUAUGUUUCUUAAGAUUUUGUAGUUAGAACUAGAAUUGGCUAUUUAUAUGUACCUUGGUGAAUUUUAGACACUAUUUGGAGACAUUCUCUUCUUCUCUUCUAAAUUUAAGUUCCUAGACUUGUUCUUGUUUUCCA